AUGCAAAUUUUCGUGAAGACGCUAACCGGCAAGACGAUCACGCUAGAUGUCGUGGCCUCCGAGACGGUCUUGGAUAUAAAAAGCAAAAUUGAAGAGCGAGAAGGUAUAGCACCGGACCAGCAACGUAUCAUCUUCGCGGGAAAGCAGCUUCAAGAUGGGAGGAUCAUUUCCGACUACAAUAUCCAGCACGGAUCAACGAUGCAUCUGGUCCUGCGUCUGAAAGGAGGCAUGCAAAUCUUCGUGCGAAUGCUGACGGGAAAAACCAUCGCCAUCGACACGGAACCGGAAGCGACGGUCGAAAGCGUCAAAAAGCAGGUUGAUGAACGGGAAGAAAUUCCCCCAAACCAACAGAGAAUGAUCUUUGCCGGCAAACAACUCGAGGAUGGUCGGCAGCUGCAGGAAUACAGUAUUAUAAAGGGCUCGACAAUCCACUUGUCUACUCUCCAUCUGGUCCUUCGUCUGCGCGGUGGAAUGCAGAUUUUCGUCAAGACUCUUACGGGAAAGACCAUCACCUUGGAGGUUGAGCCUUCCGAUACGAUUGAGAAUGUGAAGGCCAAGAUUCAGGACAAGGAGGGAAUCCCUCCAGAUCAGCAGCGUCUCAUCUUUGCCGGUAAGCAGCUGGAAGAUGGCCGUACUCUUUCGGAUUACAACAUCCAGAAGGAGUCUACUCUCCAUCUGGUCCUUCGUCUGCGCGGUGGAAUGCAGAUUUUCGUCAAGACUCUUACGGGAAAAACCAUCACCUUGGAGGUUGAGCCUUCCGAUACGAUUGAGAAUGUGAAGGCCAAGAUUCAGGACAAGGAGGGAAUCCCUCCAGAUCAGCAGCGUCUCAUCUUCGCCGGUAAGCAGCUGGAAGAUGGCCGUACUCUUUCGGAUUACAACAUCCAGAAGGAGUCUACUCUCCAUCUGGUCCUUCGUCUGCGCGGUGGAAUGCAGAUUUUCGUCAAGACUCUUACGGGAAAGACCAUCACCUUGGAGGUUGAGCCUUCCGAUACUAUUGAGAAUGUGAAGGCCAAGAUUCAGGACAAGGAGGGAAUCCCUCCAGAUCAGCAGCGUCUCAUCUUCGCCGGUAAGCAGCUGGAAGAUGGCCGUACUCUUUCGGAUUACAACAUCCAGAAGGAGUCUACUCUCCAUCUGGUCCUUCGUCUGCGCGGUGGAAUGCAGAUUUUCGUCAAGACUCUUACGGGAAAAACCAUCACCUUGGAAGUUGAGCCAUCUGACACGAUUGAAAAUGUGAAGGCCAAGAUUCAGGACAAGGAGGGAAUCCCUCCAGAUCAGCAGCGUCUCAUCUUCGCCGGCAAGCAGCUGGAAGAUGGCCGUACUCUUUCGGAUUACAACAUCCAGAAGGAGUCUACUCUCCAUCUGGUCCUUCGUCUGCGCGGUGGAAUGCAGAUUUUCGUCAAGACUCUUACGGGAAAGACCAUCACCUUGGAGGUUGAGCCUUCCGAUACGAUUGAGAAUGUGAAGGCCAAGAUUCAGGACAAGGAGGGAAUCCCUCCAGAUCAGCAGCGUCUCAUCUUCGCCGGCAAGCAGCUGGAAGAUGGCCGUACUCUUUCGGAUUACAACAUCCAGAAGGAGUCUACUCUCCAUCUGGUCCUUCGUCUGCGCGGUGGAAUGCAGAUUUUCGUCAAGACUCUUACGGGAAAGACCAUCACCUUGGAGGUUGAGCCUUCCGAUACUAUUGAGAAUGUGAAGGCCAAGAUUCAGGACAAGGAGGGAAUCCCUCCAGAUCAGCAGCGUCUCAUCUUCGCCGGCAAGCAGCUGGAAGAUGGCCGUACUCUUUCGGAUUACAACAUCCAGAAGGAGUCUACUCUCCAUCUGGUCCUUCGUCUGCGCGGUGGAAUGCAGAUUUUCGUCAAGACUCUUACGGGAAAGACCAUCACCUUGGAAGUUGAGCCAUCUGACACGAUUGAAAAUGUGAAGGCCAAGAUUCAGGACAAGGAGGGAAUCCCUCCAGAUCAGCAGCGUCUCAUCUUCGCCGGCAAGCAGCUGGAAGAUGGCCGUACUCUUUCGGAUUACAACAUCCAGAAGGAGUCUACUCUCCAUCUGGUCCUUCGUCUGCGCGGUGGAAUGCAGAUUUUCGUCAAGACUCUUACGGGAAAGACCAUCACCUUGGAGGUUGAGCCUUCCGAUACUAUUGAGAAUGUGAAGGCCAAGAUUCAGGACAAGGAGGGAAUCCCUCCAGAUCAGCAGCGUCUCAUCUUCGCCGGCAAGCAGCUGGAAGAUGGUCGUACUCUUUCGGAUUACAACAUCCAGAAGGAAUCUACUCUCCAUCUGGUCCUUCGUCUGCGCGGUGGAAUGCAGAUUUUCGUCAAGACUCUUACGGGAAAGACCAUCACCUUGGAGGUUGAGCCUUCCGAUACUAUUGAGAAUGUGAAGGCCAAGAUUCAGGACAAGGAGGGAAUCCCUCCAGAUCAGCAGCGUCUCAUCUUCGCCGGCAAGCAGCUGGAAGAUGGCCGUACUCUUUCGGAUUACAACAUCCAGAAGGAGUCUACUCUCCAUCUGGUCCUUCGUCUGCGCGGUGGAAUGCAGAUUUUCGUCAAGACUCUUACGGGAAAGACCAUCACCUUGGAAGUUGAGCCAUCUGACACGAUUGAAAAUGUGAAGGCCAAGAUUCAGGACAAGGAGGGAAUCCCUCCAGAUCAGCAGCGUCUCAUCUUCGCCGGUAAGCAGCUGGAAGAUGGCCGUACUCUUUCGGAUUACAACAUCCAGAAGGAGUCUACUCUCCAUCUGGUCCUUCGUCUGCGCGGUGGAAUGCAGAUUUUCGUCAAGACUCUUACGGGAAAAACCAUCACCUUGGAGGUUGAGCCUUCCGAUACUAUUGAGAAUGUAAAGGCCAAGAUUCAGGACAAGGAGGGAAUCCCUCCAGAUCAGCAGCGUCUCAUCUUCGCCGGUAAGCAGCUGGAAGAUGGCCGUACUCUUUCGGAUUACAACAUCCAGAAGGAGUCUACUCUCCAUCUGGUCCUUCGUCUGCGCGGUGGAAUGCAGAUUUUCGUCAAGACUCUUACGGGAAAGACCAUCACCUUGGAGGUUGAGCCUUCCGAUACUAUUGAGAAUGUGAAGGCCAAGAUUCAGGACAAGGAGGGAAUCCCUCCAGAUCAGCAGCGUCUCAUCUUCGCCGGUAAGCAGCUGGAAGAUGGCCGUACUCUUUCGGAUUACAACAUCCAGAAGGAGUCUACUCUCCAUCUGGUCCUUCGUCUGCGUGGUGGUUUUUAAAAUUGAAAAUAAAUCAUCAGCACGUUGAAAUCUCACGCUA